AUGCAAAAGCAACCUCCUGCAGCCACUCCUUCACAACCCGAACAAUCAACCACCCAAGAAAGUACCUUAGAGGACAGUACUAAUAGCCAUAAGAGAAAAUUGAUCGCUGCUUUUUCUUCUUCAUCAAAGAAAACCAAGCCAAAUUAUUUGUUGUUGUUGGAAAACUUAAAGUACAUUAAACAUGAGGAGGUAUUGCAAAUUCUGAUGGAAGAAUUGGCCCUUGAUGAUAAUGAUAUUCAAUCAGUGAAAAAAGAUAAAAUUAAUGAUAUCUAUCCACUAGGUGAUGCUCUUCGUGGAUUGCAUUUAGAAGCGGCCAUUGAUGAAUAUACAACAGCCAUCAAAUCAUCAUAUACUCCAUUAGAGGCUAAACAAGUAAUGGUAGAUUAUCUGAUGAAAUCUAAUAAGGUAACUUGUGAAGUAAUGGCAAUUAUGAUUGCUGGUUGGUUGAUAAAAACCUUUGUAGAUACUAAGGUAAUAGAAUUACUUCAACUACCUUCAUCAGUUAACGUUGUAGAUUAUUAUGACAAGUGCUAUUUAGAAUAUUUAACAAGAAAUAACAUUAUACCACCAACUAUUAGUAUUGAUGAUUUGAAUCAUUGUAUUAGAAAUUGUACAAUUGAAAUUGGAACUAUUAUGAAAAAGAAAUACGAUGGGCAUAUAGAAUUACCUUCAUUUAAAAGGAAUCUCAGUAACGAAUUAGCGUUUCAUUUAUUUCCACAUUUACCAAGUCUUCAAGUCAGUGAAGAGAAUGAUAAAAUUAUUGAAAACAAUAUUGAAAAUUCAAAGUUACCAGUUAUAAUAAUAUCACCUAGUGGAAUGGGAAAAACAGGUCUAAUUAUCAGAUCACUUUCAAGAUAUCCAGGUACAUCAUUUGAUAUAGAUAUCACUUCCAUGAUUCGUUCAGAUACUCCUCAAACCAUUAGUUCCCAAUUAUUAACACUUUCUGAUAGAGAAGAAAUUAUGGAACCAGUAAUUGGUAUUGCCUUGACAUCGCUUGAUAUUACCUUAAAAAGUAUGAUAGUUUCUACGAAAUACGUAUUGCAACCUGAUGUCAUACCAAUAUUGGAUUGCAAGGUUAGAUGUAAAAGAUUAUUCAAUUCAUCAAGUUUUUAUGAUUAUUGUAAAGAUAAUAAUUGGAUUGAUAGUGAAUCAGAUAAAUAUUCAGGUGAACAAUUAUUCUUUCGGUUUAUUAAAAAAGAAGAUUAUCAAAAGAUAGAUCAAAUAGCAUUGUUUCCAUCAGAUCAUAAUCAUACAGAUAUUUAUUUAUUCUAUUUAGCCAAUUAUACUCCAGUUCAUUUUCGAAUAAGUAUAAAAGCACUUACUGGAAAUGAUUUAGAUAUUGGAUAUAAAUCAUUGGCUCCUGAACUAAUGUAUUUAAACGAAUAUAACACUAUAGAUUUAGAAACAAUAACUUUAUUAAGAAAGAAUGACACACCUACAAGUGUCCUUAAUAAUUUUAUUAAUAAUUUUAGCAAAGGUAUUGAAGUUACAAAAGCUAAACAAGAAUUGAAAAUACAAAUUGGCAAUGGAUCAAGUGAUGAAAACCAAUCAACCACUGUGAAUGAAAUUGAGUCUAAUAUCAACGAAAAUGAUAAUAGUGUAGAAUCCACUUUCAAUGAAUUGGAAUCGAUUAAAGAGCUUGAUACAGACAGUGAAUUUGACUUGUUUGUGAAAAAUAUUAAAGAAGCCAAUAAUAGCAAGCUUAAUGAAUGGUGGGAAAGCUCAAGAUGUCAAGUAUGGGAGUCAAUUAAAAAAGGUGUUUCCCUUAAUGUAAUAAUUCGCUUACAUCCAAAUAAGGAGGUGGAAAGAUUAUCAAGAAAUAAGUACUCAAACAUCAUUUGUAUUGGAAAACAGUCUUUUUCAACUUUAUUUCCUUAUCUUUCAAAUAGUGUUGAAACUUUUUUACAAAACCAACGAAUCAACACUUCAAAACCACUCCUUUAA